AUGCCUAAAUCAUACUCUGAAUCAAUUCCGGAACCACUUUCUCCUCUCUUUGAUAACGGCCUGCCUUUGCAGAACCCAUAUGCCGAAGAUUACAGGUACGACAACCGCUAUGUAGACGAGCAGCUUGCAUAUCCUCUGCGAGCACGCUCUCCUGCAGAUGAUCGCGCAAGCAGACGCUUUCAGAGCCGUGAUAGAUCCCCGAGUGCGGGCUCCUCUCGCAUUACAUCCGGCUACUCUCCAACGACAGCGCGUAUCCAUUCACCGGAACCGCCAACGUCGCGCGGACCCUCGUUCGAUUCCGGUCCGGACGUCCAUACACGCCGGUUCUCCAGGCCAGUGGAUAGUCCUACAAAUUUGCGUGGUUCUGGUCCUCGAAAUAAGUGGACUACUCCCUUACCUCCACCUUUGUCUAUCCCAGGUCUUCCAAAACGCCCGGACACUAUUAUUCCAGGCCACGAGGUGAAGCAAGAGGACGAUACGGUCACGAGACUUGAAAGCAUGGAUAGUAUUGCCUCGACACCUCAGGAAGAAUAUGGUCCUCCUCGCCCUUCAGCUUAUGGACAGGCUGUUGCUCAUCCGGGACGCUUUCAUCGAUCAGAUUCAGUCGUAUCCUCAUAUAGAGUUCACCGAUUCUCCUCCGGCAGUGAUAAGAAAAGACGUGAGAGACGAAGCACCGGAAGUAGCGUAUCGCCUGCCGAUGCACCACAGAGACAUGGUGAGAAACAGAGGCCCCCGAGUCUCCCGCGCGAAUGGGUCCCCAAUGCUGCCUAUGUACGAGCAGACUCUGACAUGGACAUGUCUGCACCGUCGUCCCCUGUCGAAGAGGUGCACAAGGCUGGUAGUGCGCCAGGCCAGGAUGUUCUCCAAGACGUUACGUGUUCUGACAAGGAUGCCGAGGACGUAUCUCGCACCGCAGGUGCUGAUGUCGGGCAAGGGCAAGUUAUUUUUUAG